UCUGCCGAUUUUUUCAGAGAAAGCCUCUUUCGUUUUCGGUGGUAAAAACAUUAGAGAAUUGUAUUGAAAAAUGAGAAUAGUAAUGGUACUUCAGGCCAUUGCCUAUGGGCCUUUUAUCUCUCCACGUUGAAUAGCUGCUGCGCCAACAAUAAGCAAUUUUCUAUUGCACAAAAAGGUCUGACGACAGCGAUUUUUGGCAGCUACGAAUAGAACAAACAAACAGCGACGCUGAACACAAAACAACCUACUAGGCUCAACUCAACUGAGCUCUCAGAUCCCAUCAGCCAAGCAGCAGCAAAUAAAGAAUAUGUCCGAAGAAGAGAGGUGGUGCGUGGUGACCGGCGGCAGAGGUUUCGCCGCCAGGCAUUUAGUGGAAAUGGUGAUCAAAUUGGAGAUGUUUUCAGUUCGAAUUGCUGAUUUAGAGUCUUGCAUUCAGUUAGCUCCUGAGGAGGAAAGCGGAACCCUAGGCAAUGCCUUCAAAUCUGGUCGCGCUAUCUACGUCUCAAUGGAUCUUCGCGAUAAAGCUCAAGUUCUCAAAGCUAUUGAAGGAGCUGAAGUUGUGUUUCACAUGGCGGCUCCUAAUUCUUCGAUUAAUAACUACCAGCUUCACUAUUCGGUCAACGUGCAAGGGACAAAGAAUGUCAUCGAUGCUUGUAUUGAGCUAAAGGUAAAAAGACUCAUCUAUACAAGCUCAGCUAGUGUGGUUUUUGAUGGGAUUAAUGGAAUUCUUAAUGGCGAUGAAUCCUUGCCAUAUCCACCUAAGCCUCUUGAUUCGUAUACAGCAACUAAAACUGAAGGUGAGACUGCAAUUCUUAAAGCAAAUGGCACUAAAGGCCUAUUAACGUGUAGCGUGCGCCCCAGUAGCAUAUUUGGCCCUGGAGAUAGGUUGUUUAUUCCAUCUUUGGUUGCUGCUGCAAGAGCUGGCAAAUCUAAGUUCAUUAUUGGUGAUGGUAAUAACAUUUAUGACUUCACAUAUGUUGAAAAUGUGGCACAUGCCCAUAUAUGUGCUGAACGAGCUCUAGCAUCAGGAGGGGAGGUUGCAGAGCAGGCUGCUGGACAGGCAUAUUUUAUAACCAAUAUGGAGCCUAUUAAAUUCUGGGAGUUUACCUCACUUGUCUUGGGAGGUCUUGGCUACGAGAGGCCAAGGAUAAAGGUCCCUGCUGUAGCUGUGAUGCCAAUUGCACAUUUGGUGGAGCAGACAUAUAAGCUAUUGGGCCCGUACGGGAUGAAGGUUCCCCAAUUGAUACCUUCAAGAAUUAGACUUCUCUCUUGCAGCAGAUCUUUUGAUUGUUCCAAAGCGAAAAAACAGCUUGGCUACACUCCCAUUAUAUCACUUGAGGAGGGUUUGAGAAGGACUCUUGAGUCAUUUUCACACUUGAGGGCUGAAAAUCAACCUAAAAGAGAAGGACCAUCUAAGGCUCACAGAUGUCUUGGAGGUGGAAAGGUUGCUGACACACUACUUUGGAAGGAUAAAAAGCAGACAAUGACCACAUUGUUAAUUCUGAUUGCAAUUUACUACUACUUAGUUACAUCUCAGUCUACUAUCAUUACUGCACUUUCAAAGUUUCUCAUAGCAGCAUUGGUCUUCUUGUUAAUACAUGCAAAUUUACCGGAGAGAAUAUUUGGAUAUACAAUUGAAAAAAUUCCUGCUUCGCAUUUUCACUUAUCAGAGGAGCAGUCUCACCAAGCUGCUCUUUCAGUGGCUUCAUCAUGGAAUGCUGCUGUUAAUGUCUUAAAGUCACUUUGCAAGGGGAAUGACUGGAUUCUUUUCCUUAAGGUUACUAUGUUGCUGUUGAUUCUUAGCUUCCUUGGAGCCAUUUCACUUCACAGUUUAUUUAUGAUAGGACUUCCAAUUGCUUUUGUAGCAUUUAUUGUGUAUGAGAAAAAUGAAGAAGCAAUUGAUGCCAAGUUUUUGGAAGCUCUCUCUUUCGGAUGCAGAUUGAAAUCUGACAUAUCCAAAAAAGUUGUCGGUGCCAAAAAGAAUUGAAUGACGGAGGGCUCCCCUUUUGUUCUACUAUCUUGUCUAGUAACCAUUUCCAGUGAUGUGGCGUCGUGCAUUACAUUUUGCCAGUACCCGAAGCAGAAAAAAAGAAACAAAGCAUUACAAUUUUGCUUAUAGGCAAUCUCACUUUGUAUCAAUUUAUACAAACCACUUUAUAGAAAUUAAUUAUUAUCAUUUGUUGUUUUGGUAAUUGGUGAGGAUAUUUUUUAAUUUAUUGUAACAAUUAUCUUCUACACUUAUCAUUUGGGGGAGAUGAUGUCAUCUUCCUUUUGUGUUUGAUUGCAAUUGAAUUUCAAACCUAAUUCCA